AUGGAGGCGUCAACCUGUUCCAAAUACACACGAAAGGAUUCUUCACAUCAGCAUGAGGGUGUAAGUACAACUUGGGCUGUGAAAGGUGAACUUGAAGAACGUGAUGGUGAAAAGUAUAUGGUUAUUAAGGAAGCUGAUAUGUCGCCAGUUCCUUCAAAUGUUAAUAUUUAUGCCACAAAUAUUUUCCCUGAUAAAGCAGUCAAUGACGCUUUCCUAGUGACCAUGAAUCAAAACUGGCGCUCUUUAUACAAAGAAGCGCUCCCAAUAUUGAGCACCCUCUGGGGACCCCCAAUCAAAACAGGAAUGAACUAUGUUUUUGAAAAAAUACCAUUCCGACGUCUGUUCCCAGAAUCCUAAAUAAAAACUGAUAGUGCAAACUGAAUGCUUAGAAACAAAUAUGUGAUUGUAAUGGUAGUUAUUAGAACAGGAUAUAAUAUGUUAGAAUAGUGGUUAAUAUAUUAUGAGUAUAUAAAUUUUUACAGAUGUUAAUAUAAGUAUAUGUUAAUGUUAACAAUUUAAUAUAAAUUUUGUAUUUAUAUUUAUUUUGUUAUAUACGUGUAAAAAUCAUU